UGGAGGCACAUCCUUAUGAACAGACGACAUGGACAAAAUGCCCCAAUGAACAGUGACGGAAAAACAUAAGGUCCAACGAUCCAGGAGGCAUGCAUCUAGGAACGAACGACACGGAGAAAUGCUCCGAUAAACAAUACUGGCUACGUCUGCCAGCAACAGGUGGAGAAAUUGCUCCUACAGACCCAGAGGCACGCACAUAUGACCAGAUGACGUGGAGAAAUGCUCCGACGAACAAUGGUUGGCAACGUCGGCCAGCGACGGGCAGAGACACACUCCUACGAACCCAGAGGCACAUGCCUGCAGACGGAUGACAUGGAGAAACACUCCGACGAAUAAUUGUGGCAACGUCUGCCAGCGACGGGCGGAGA